AUGGCUGCCGCGUCGUCUUCUUCUCCUUGCCCUUCGUCUUCCUCCCAUUCAGAUGCUGGUCCCCUAGGAACCGCAGCGCGUCGGCACUUGCCUUUUGCUAAAAUGCUUCAAACCCCGCGUUUCUCCAAUCCCUUCGCCGCUCUCCCUAUCCCUGGGGGCUCGUCUUCCGAGUCCUCCGCUGCUUCCGCCGACUCCGCUGCUUCCCCCGCCUCCGCCUCCGCCUCCCCCCCUUCCGCCUCCGCCUCGUCCGCCUUUCAAGGGGACGCCGCGUCGCCGUCCGCCGCGUCGCCGUCCGCCGCAGCGCCAUAUUCGGCGCCUUCCGCGGCGGGCUCCAAGGCGCUGAUCCUGCUGCCGCGCCAACGGCUUCUCUUAGUCCCCGCCGCCGACUCGACCCUGGCUACUCCCGCUGACGUCAUCACCGUCGUCGACGCAGGUUCGCGGAAGGACCCCAGUGUGGAACUUAUCCCAGGUCCGGCCGGCGAUGCCGGUCCUUCCGCCGUGAUUCCCGGUCCGAGAGUCGUAACCUGGUCGAAGCUCGCGGGGUGGCGGGUCGAGCUCCCGCCGAACCUACCGGACCUGACGAAGCUUCGUCCGGACAUCGAGAAGCUUCGGCCGGCGCUGGAGGCGCGUGUGCAGCACACGCUGUCGCACGUGCCGUUUCGGGAGCUUCUCGAGGAGAUCCAGCAGUGGAGCAAGGCGCGCGGGGGGAUCGGCGGGUGGGCGGAGGGGAGCGCGCGCGGAGCGCGGCGGUACCCGAACAAGCAGAAGCUGUCGUCCGUGCAAGACUUUUUCCAAUACGCGGAGGCGGAAGGCCGGCGGCUCUUUGCCGAGUUGGACAAGGACGGGGACGGGCAGGUGAAGCUGGAGGACCUCGAAAGGGCGCUCAAAAGACGCCGCCUGCCAGCAGCGCACGCCCGCCCGCUGCUCCGCCGCCUCCGGCGCCACUGGCUGGCCUCUUCCUUCGGGUGCGUGGGCUGUGACUGGUCAAACGGGUCAACUGGGAGGGAGGAGUUCCAGUCGUUCAUGGAGGCCAAAGAGCCCACCAUGCUGCGAGCGUUCACCUCUUUAUGUGUGGGAUCGCCUGGGAUGCUUCAGAAGGGACAGUCGUUCACGGAGGCUAAGGAGCCCGCCAUGCUGCGAGCGUUCACGUCGCUGUGUGUGGGGUCGUCAGGCACGCUGCAGAAAGGCCAGGUGAGUGGAGCAUUGGGAGGGAUGGCUCGUGGCGUGGCUGACCUGUGGGAGGAGGGGUGCGUGAAGACGCUCGAGUCAAGAUUAGUUCGGGUGGGAGGAGUUCCAGACGUUCAUGGAGGCCAAGGAGCCGGCGAUGUUCCAGGCUUUUACUUAGCUGUGUGUGGUGUCGGCAGGGAUGCUGCAGAAGGGACAGGCACGCUGCAGAGGGCGCAAGAGCAUGCAGCGAGAGAGCAACGUGCGAGCUAUGAUGCGGUUUCUGAACGCAUGUCCUGUGGGGUCUUGUGUUCCUCUUCCCUCACUCCUCUUCCCUCACUCCUCUUCCCUCACUCCUCUUCCCUCACUCCUCUCCUGUCCCUCCUCUCCCUUCCCCUUCCUUCUCCUCCCUCCCUCCGUCCUCUCCUUUCCUGCCACCAGCUGUUUGCUUCACUGGAAAAAGCCGGGCUGCUAGCAACAGAGAGCAACGUGCGGGCCACGAUGCGGUUUCUUAACGCAGACGAGUCCGGGCACGUGUUCGCGUCACUGGAGAAGGCCGGGCUGCCAGCAACAGAAAGCAACGUGCGGGCAAUGAUGCGGUUCCUAGAUGCAGACGAUUCGGGCCACGUAACCUAUGGGGACUUUCGGAACUUUCUGCUGCUGCUGCCGCCCGAACGGCUGCAAGGAAGUGACCCCAGCAUGGUGUGGUACGACGCGGCCACCAUGGUCCCAAUGGCGCCGCCCGCUGCCACGUCAGCGCCAGCUGGCAGCGUGAUCAAAUCCGCCCUUGCGGGCGGGCUGGCCUCGGGAUUGUCGACAUGCCUCAUGCACCCCUUGGAUACCAUCAAGACGCGGGUACAAGCCUCCUCAGCCUCGCUUUCAGAGGUGGUGCAAUCGGUGCCAUCCAUCGGCAUCCAGGGAUUGUACCGGGGAGCGCCGCCCGCCAUUCUCGGGCAGUUUGCGAGCCAUGGGGUGCGCACGGGCGCGUAUGAAGCUUCCAAGAUGCUUCUCACGAGCAUGCUGCCGAACCUCACAGAGUACCAGGUCCAACCAGUGGCCUCCCUCUGCUCAACAGUGCUGGGCACAGCUCUCCGCAUUCCCUGUGAGGUGCUGAAGCAGCAGCUGCAGGCAGGGCUCUACAGCAGCACAGGAGCGGCGCUCAGGGCGACGCUCAAAGAGGGCGGGGUGAAGGGGCUGUUCCGAGGGACCACCGCCACGCUGUGCCGGGAGGUCCCGUUUUACGUUUUUGGGAUGCUGAUUUACCUGCAAGUCAAGCGGGUCACUCGCCAUGUGCUGCGCCGAGAGCUCGCCCCCUGGGAAACUCUCCUGCUGGGCGGCUUCUCGGGCGGCAUGGCAGCGAUCGCCAUCACGCCAUUCGACGUCAUCAAGACACGCAUGAUGACGUCGCCGCCCGGGGCGGCAGCGGCCGGCAUGCUGACAGUUGGCGCGAACCUAUUGGCCACGGAGGGGGUGGGGGCGCUGUAUAAGGGCUGGCUGCCGCGGUUCUUCUGGAUUGCACCGCUUGGAGCGAUGAACUUUGCUGGUUUAGCUGGUUAUGAGCUGGUGAAAGAGGCAAUAGAUGUGGGGGAGGAGGGAAAAGAGGCGUAG